CGCUAGUACCGACUUGAAACUCGAAAGGACCCCCAAAAGGGGGGCGAGACGUAAAAAGUCUGGUCAACCAAAUUGGACAAGUAACCAACCUUCUCUUCGCCUCUCCUCUUCUUCUCAUCGUCUCUUUUCUCUUCUCCCUUCUCUUCAGUCUCCGCUCGUUCUUCUCCAUUUCUCUCUUGAACCUUCCUAUCACUCAAGUCGAUCGGCUACCAAGUUCUCUCAUACAAAGAACAACCCCGACCUUCUCUACACAACAUGCCCCCAAAAGGACGAGCAGAUGCGGGAGUUGAGGCUAUCACUUCUGGCCUCAGCCUCUCGCAAAUUGGCGGGGGUCAAUCCGAUUAUGCCCCUCGCCCCGGCGUUGGUCGUGCCGGCAGGCCCAUCACCGUAUCUGCGAAUAUGUAUCAAGUUCGCUUCAAGACCGACGCCACUGGGUCUGCACCCUCGGUGUAUCAUUACGACGUUGAGAUUAGUCCUGUCGUCAAAGUCGCUAAGCAGAAGAAACCGCCGAGGGCCCUUCUGUGGAAAAUUUGGCAGCAGAUGUUGGAACAAGUUCAAGGAGGUACCAAGAGGUCUCUCGAAGCGGCGGCCUUUGAUCAAGUCAAAAGCAUGUACACUCCGAUCAAGCUUUUUGAAGGUCCUAAGCUCGAAGUCAUCGUAAACCUCGUAGAGGACGGCAAGGUACCUAACGACGACAAGCGUCGCUUUAGGGUGGUAUUUCAAGAAGCAACCGAUAAUCGAGGUGACACCAAACAAGUCGAUCUACAAGCUGUCAUAGAUUUUUGCAAAAAGCAGCGUCAGACCGAGAUGUCUAACGAGAUGGCACUCACUGGUGUCCAAGCCACUAAUGUGCUUAUGCGCCAGGACGUGUCGGCAAGGUACACGCCUGUCGGUGCACAGGGUCGUCGGUUCUUUUCAACCGAGGGUUCGGUACCAAUCAGCUCUGGGUGUACUGUAUAUAAAGGUUUCACUCAAUCUUUCCGGCCCACUGCAUCCGGUCUGCCUGCUAUUCAGCUAGACACUGCGUACUCCGCUUUUAUAAACUCGGGUCCUCUCAUCGUGAAUGUCGCUGACUCCUGGACUGUUGCGGCCGGCCUGCUUGGCAUGGGCGGCGGCGGCGGCGGCUUCAGAGGCGGACGUGGUGGGGGUCGGGGAGACUUCCGGGGCGGACGAGGACGGGGUGGAUUCGGGGGAGGUGGUGGUGGUGGCGUGCCUGACUUGCAACAGCUGAACCGCAACCAAAUCAGCAAGCUCAACAAGAUUUUAAGGAAUGCUAAAUUCACCCUAACCCACCGCCAAACCGAAAGGGUGUUCAGCUGUAAAAGUCUUACAUUUCAAUCAGCUGACGAGCUGCAAUUUCUCCUGAACGGUCGAGACGGAGGCCCAGACAGAAUGGUCAAGAUUCCACAAUACUUCAAAGAGACAUAUAAUGUUACCGUCACAAAGCCUCGUCUGCCAUGUGUCAUGUAUGGGCAGAAAAAUUACGUUCCGCUAGAGUUUGUCAGGAUCAGCGAAUUCAACCCUAUGCCGUUUGCGCAACAAACCAGCGAAAUUGCCGCCGACAUGAUUCGCAUCGCUGCCAAACCCCCCGCUGAACGCCUGAAAAUGAUCCAGGAUUGGAGGGCGAAACUCAAUUACUCCGAACUCCCGAAAAUCAAAGCCUGGGGAAUGCAAGUGCAGAAUCAGAUGCUGCAAGCCCAAGCACGAAUCCUUCCUGGUCCCCAGGUCCAAUACGCUGGGGGCAAAACGGUUAGACAACAAGGACAAUGGAAUUUGGCCAGCAAGCCUAGGUUCUUCAAGGCUAACCGACCGUUGGAGUCAUGGAGUAUCGCCAAUUUCGACCCACGUCUAAGUGAACCUGAACUCAAAAGCUACUUUGCGUCAUUCUUAGAGAGUCUGUCAGCCUUGGGUGUUAUCGUGACAAAUAAGGAUGUCUCUGUAUACAAUGGUUCCUACGAACCCUUCAAACAGACAUCGCAUGGCCUCCCGGAGACUCUGCAGACGGCUGCCCGGAUGGCGUUUAUGAAGAAGAAAGUGAACCCACAGCUCAUUUUCGUGAUCAUGCCGAAAAAGGACACGAUGAUGUACCAGGAUGUCAAGCGAUAUGCUGCCUCGAGUUUGAAACUCCCUGUCCCGACCCAAUGCAUGCAAGGUGAACAAAUUCGCAAAAAUAGCGAGCAAUACAAAGGCAACAUGGCUAUGAAAGUACAUAUGAAGCUCGGCGGAGUCACGCAUGUCAUUAAGCAUCAGAAGGUGGAUGCUACCGUCAUGAUCAUGGGCGCCGACGUUUCUCACCCCCCGAACAGGGGCGCCAACCUAAUUCAACCAUCCAUUGCAGUGACGGUUGCCACAGAGAAUGGCGAGAAUGUCAAGUACACGCCCUGCCUCCGUCUUCAAGAUGGACGAACGGAAAUCAUCCGAGACUUGCAAUCUAUGACGGUGGCUCACCUCAAGCUUUGGCGGCAAAACUCCAAAGGCGCCUUACCGAAGAAAAUUUAUAUGUUCAGAGACGGAGUUUCGGAAGGCCAAUACGGCAUCGUUGUGAGGGAAGAAGUUCAAGCGAUUAAGGCUGCAGCCCAUGAAAUUCAGCCGGAAUACCGACCAGCCAUCACCUUUGUUGUUUGCGCCAAACGACAUUCGAUGCGCUUCUUCGCAACCAGAGCCGAAGACACCGAUCAGAGGAGGAAUGGCAAUCUUCAGCCCGGAACAGUUGUCGACACAGCUGUCGUGCAUCCGUAUGCAUUCGACUUUUAUCUUCAGGCUCAUGCAGGUAUCCAAGGAACUGCAAAGCCGACCCAUUACAUCGUUGUACACGAUGACAAUAAGUUCGACGCUGACGCGAUGCAAACGCUUGUCCAUGACAUGUGCUACUCGUAUGGUCGCGCAACUUUAUCUGUCUCUCUCAUCCCCCCGGCUUACGUGAGUGCUAUCAUCGCCGCCAAAGCUCGGGACUUUGUGUAUGUGGAGGAUCCGUCCGAGGUAGCGACGACUCUGUCUGCCGGUGAGACCAGUCAAUCGGCUGAAUAUGAUCCGCUUGCCCUGAGUGAGUUUCUGUCUUUUCCGACGGACGUGAUUGCUGACGCUCCUCAGAGAAGAGGAUCGAAGAUACCCCUAGUUGUGAGUUUACCCAUCCGAAACCUCGUCUGA